AUGGAACGGCAGCAUGACAAUUCAUCCAAACCAAAUAUGAACAAUAACAACGAAGAAUGCGGUAUUAAAGCCAUGGAAUUCAAUGAAAUACUCGUCAUGACUCCUGAAAAUACUAAAUUAGAAAAUCCCGAUCAAAAAAUGUACAGGUUUAACGGAGAAAAAUCACCUUGGAUUGUAAAAAACAUGAGUGGCUUGGAAUUUCCUUUAAUAACAAAUGAAAUUGAUUGGAAAACAGUAGGAAAAAGUAUUUCGCAAGAUACGUGUUUAAGUGUGGUCAGCGAUGAUAUUGGUUUUAGUCGUUCUGAUAUUAUAACGUCGAACAAUCAAAUCAAUAUGAAUGAUAAAAUUUCUCAAUUCCUAAAAUGGGAUAAUUCAAUUUCAGGACAAAAACAAAAAAGCGGAAUCUUAAAUUAAUAUUACGAUAAGUCGAAAUAUCGCUUGCCAAGCGGUCUAGACGAACACAACCAUGACUCRAGAGACGUAAAUGAUAAUAUACCGUUGUCCUUGUCAAACUCGAACCAUGUCUAUUGGGACGAAGACGUGAAAUAUUACAGAUACCMAGUGGAAUCAUCGUUAAGUACAAUAGACAUACGAACAAAUCAUUCUAAUAUCAAUAAUAUUCCUAGGACACAGAGYCAGCCCUAUUUACUGGAUAAUUACAUCACGGAAACUAAUUCAAACUUAAAAAAACAGAAAAAUAUGUUGGAUGAAUUUUGGAAAGAAAUAGGUGAAAUAGAAAAUUCUUUUGGAUAUUCGAGAAAUGUUAACAUAAAAAGAAGUUUUAAAAAAAAUGUAAGCAACUACAAACCAGACUACAGCAAAUAUUAUUCAAAUAAAUUUACGAAUAUUAUUGGAAAAGAUCUGAACAUUAAUCAAGAAAAAAUAAAUUUGAAAUCGAACAGGAAAGAUUCAAGUCAAAAUCAAAUUCAAAACGAUCAUAUUAUUCUAAAGAAUUUAAAUAUUGAACCCCAUCUUAAUACUGAAAACCUGGUGCCUUCAAAAUAUCACAUUUGUGAUAGUCCCGGUUCAAUUUCAAAGUGGCGAAGUAUAGGGGAUUUAAGACCAUCAACUGAAAAUGAAAUAUUAGCAAAGGGCGUUAAGCAAAUCACACACCUAACGGAUAAAAACACACAGACCGAAAAAUUUAACAAUCAUUUCGAAAAACCUAAAAAUAACAGUCAAACAUUUUGUGAAGAAUGUGGUAAUUAUUGUCACUCCCACACAAAUAAAUUACAGUUUGAUAAAACGGAAAAUUCUUUGUUAGUAAAACGAAAUAAAAAAUUACGUGAACUAUUAGGCUUGAAACCAGAAGAGAAAAACGUAUUGGUUAUGUUAAAAUUAUAG